GGCUGAGGUCACAUUUCAAUAUAUUGUUACUGGAUGCCUAUGCCAUCUUAUUUAAGCUUUGUAUUAAUUAUAAAAUCUCUUACCGUUUGGUGGUAGUUACAGUCACGCUUUCAUUUAGUUCAUUAUCACGAUAGAUAUAGUAGCUCACCGGUUAUAAAUAGUAAUAUGAUCACAGUCUCAUUGUAUUGUGUUGUGAACAGUAGAGCCUGGAGCUAAGGUGCUGGAAUGCUUCUCGAAGGAUCAUAGGCUGCUAUGUCUUCAGAGUUCACUCUCGAUAUCCAGCUCACAGAGUUGGGGUUUUCAAGCUGGGAUUUCCCCCUCUGUGAGCCACAGAGUGUAAAGGAGACUUUAUUGCCAACGCAGAAUAGCAUUGAGAAAUCCGCACCUGAAGCUCAGACACCUGCAGCCGGCUAUGAGGAUGACUGCACUGUCGCAGGUGGAUCAGCUGAAAAAAGCUUCCUGCAGGACCAUCAGUAUUCCUAUCCCACCAACCAUGACUCAACGGUUAACACAGAACAAGCUCAAAACAUUUCACAAACAGUCAUCACAGAGGAGAGGGAGAAAACCAUUUUCAGUAAUAAGCGCAAGAUGAGAAACAGAAAAGCGCAGGAAGUACAGAAAGAAGAUGACGAAGAGCCAAGCAGGGAAGAGGAAAAGAAUGUAAGUGAAGAGGACCAAUGUUCAGAGGUGGGCCAGAAAGACUCUAGUCUUCAGAUGGAUUAUGAUCUGUCUGAUGAGGACAGGACAGAUGAGCACGCAGAAAUUGAAUGGACUGAGGGGGAGGAGGAUGAAGAGGAGGGGGAAGAAGAAGUAGUAGAAGACGACGGGGAGGAGGUGGAGGAAGAAGAGGAGGAGGAGGAGGAAGAAGAAGAGGAGGAGGAGGAGGAGGAGGAGGAGGAUGAUGUUUCCUGUUCAGAGACGACUGGACUUGGAGAGAAUGAAGAGAAUCACUGCCACGUGUGUGACAUUACAUUUCCCUCUUUAUUUUUACUCCGAGAACACUUGAAUAUGCACACAGGUGUUCGGCCCUACCGCUGUGACGAAUGCGGCAAGCAGUUCUGCCAGUUAGUCAACUACCGUACGCACCUCCGUUCCCACUCGCAAAAGGCCUCCAUCCACUGUCAGGUUUGCUCGACCAUCUUUGACACUGAGGAACAGCUCCAGAAGCAUUUGGACACAAACCAUUUCGAGAACGAGUUCUAUCAGUGUGACUUUUGCAAGAAAAUAUUCACUGUUCUAGAGCUGUGCCAGGCACACGUUGAUAAACACAGGCAACAGGCAAAGCGACAUUUGUGUCUCAAAUGCGGCACUAGUUUUCGUCAGCGCAACUCCCUGCUCCGGCAUCUGGAAUGGCACAGCAGAGGCUUCUUCUCCUGCUCCGACUGCGAACGGACAUUCUCCAGUAAGGCUUCGCUGUUGCGCCACAGCUUCUCGCACUCGGGCGUCUUGCCGUAUACGUGUCUAAAGUGCAAGCGGCAUUUUCGCUUACCCUCUCUGUACCGCAAUCACGAGUGCAAUCCAGAUAACAUCCAGUGCAUGGCCUGUUUGGUUUUCUUUAAGAGUCAGGAGGACUUCGACCAACAUAAAAAGGACACAGGAUGCUGGGGUCAUCAGGGGGCGUUGCCGUCAAAGACUGAUGAGAUUCGUUGUAUGGAGUGUGGGCAAGUGUGCGCGAGUGUGGAGGAAUUAAAGAAGCAUGGGAGCACUCACCAGAGGGUCCUGAAAUGUGUUGAAUGUGGGAUGGGUUUCCGCUCAUCGCUAAUGCUUAUGUCACACAUGGGAGGACAUGCAGGACAGCGGCCUUGUCUCUGUAAAGAUUGUGGCUUGGGUUUCCCACAUCAACAGGGUUAUGACAGCCACCUUAAAACAUGUGGACAGGUGGCUCCACCAGUGGCUACAGCAAAGAAACCUAAACCGAAUAAACCUCCCCGUCUGCCUCCUCCGUCUACAGUGAAACCGAUUGCUCCUAAAGUCUUCUUCCAAACACUUGCUCAGGACUCGAACCUUGUAACAUUCUCACAUAACAAGGUGGCCCACGCAAUCCCAUUGGGUGACCAAAAACAGCCUGCUGAUGGUGUGUGGAAGCUUACCUUAAAUGAAAAGCCUCCUCCGGGUGUGCCCUUAGUCAUGCUUUUGCCGGUUUCGUCAUCUACCUCACAUCCUACCAAAAUCUCCCCAAAUAUUUUACCUUCAUCUCUAGUCUUAGAAACACCCUCAUCUGCACCAUGUGUUAUAUCCAUGCCAGUGGUUCCACCCAAUCCUGUUAUUAUUAAAGAGAGACAAGACAUAGCCGGAGAUAUACUAAUACCAAUGGACAGUGAUGAGGUAGGUGAGCGGACCCCAGACCUGGAAGUUACAGCAGAAGUGGAGGCGGAGAAUAAGCAGAUAAGUUUAAAAGACAAACCUGAAGCACUGAUAAGUGAUGAAAAACUGAAUUCAUCCAAAGAUGCAUCUCUCAACUCCAUGAGUUCUUCAAAUUUGAAGGACUGUGAUUCUUCCCCUGGAAUGGCAGAAGCAGAAGGUGGUGUCACAUUACCAGUAACAGCUGAAACUCCAGGAACAUCUAUCAGUCUUGUUUCUAGCUCUUCAGAAGUUGCUUUUGACCAAGGACAGCUCAAAAAAUCAGGUGAUUGUGUGCAGGGUUUGAAUGCAUGCGAUGCACAGGUGGAGGUGAAUGAAGAAAUAAGAGUGGAGAUUGGUGAUGAAGACAGUGGAGUGGAUAUGUUGGAGGGUGAACUUCAUGAAUGUGUCACUUGUGGGCAAGUUCUUCCUGAAAAGGAAAUGAUUCAGCAUUGUUUGAAGCAUGCUGCUGUCUCAGACAUUCCCAGGGUGUCUUCUGUUAAAUGUGCCUCAAACACUAUAGACCGAUCCCCUUCAUGUAGCCCAUCUAGGAAAAGGCAAAGAUCUGGUACAGAGCUGUGACUAUAAGUUAGUUAUAAUGACCUCAGGUCAAACAGAUUCAUAGUUAAUAGGAUGGAUAUAUCCUUUUUUUUGCUCCGUUGAGUAAUGUUGCUCAAACUUUAUCUUCUCAUUCACUUAGAAAUUAUUUUCUUGUUUUUAAAAGUUUGUUCAAUGCAAAACUGAAUCUUUUGUAUUUGUUUGAAUCUUUACAUUGAUUUUGCCGUUUGUUUGCUUUCGUUCAUCUGUAUGACCACGUUAGCAAAAAAUAAAUGUACACUGGGAAAUUG